AGCUCCAAAAGAGUGGCCAUCAUUGGUUGUGGAAACCUCGGCCGUCGAAUUGCUCUGGCCUGGUCCAGUGGUGGAUUCACUGUCCGGAUAUUUGACUCUCAACCGGAAAACGCUGUCGAAGCUUUGCACUGGGUGCAAGUGGCUUUGGAAGACUCCACAUCCAAAUCCAAAGAGAACGCUGGACAUGUGGAGAUUGCAUCCAAACUGUCCGACGCGGUGCUAGGGGCGUGGAUGGUGAUCGAGUCGGUCCCCGAACAGAUCUCCCUGAAGACGCAUGUCUUGGGCGAGAUUGACAAGCUCGCGCAUCCGAUGACAACCAUAGCUACGAAUUCCUCGUCGAUCCGAAGCAGCAAGCUGGUCUCCAAACUGAGUGACGAAAGGCAAGGCCGGUUUCUCAACACUCAUUACUACCGUCCACCUGAGCAGCGAAUUGUGGAGCUCAUGACAUGCGGCCGGACGAAAGCAGCAGUCAUUAACGAGACGGCUUCCCGGAUGGAGUCUAUCGGACUAGAGCCCAUGAUCGUCGGACGGGAAUCGACAGGCUUUGUGGGAAACCGGAUCUGGGCAGCGAUUAAGCGCGAGGUCAUGUCCAUGCUGGCCGAGAGGGUGAGCAGCGCAGAAGACAUUGAUCGCGUGUUCAAGGACAACCUGCACACUGAGUGGGGGCCUUGCGAGCUCAUGGAUCAGGUCGGUCUGCAGACAGUGUGCGAUAUCGAAGACGUCUACAUUAAAGAGCGCAACAUGCCCACCUCCGGCGUCGACUUUAUCCGCCAGAACUACGUGGCAAGAGGGCACCUAGGCCAGAGUACCGGGCGAGGGUUA